AUGAGUACUUUUGGCAGUCCUGGCGGUAAGCAACUAUCCGUGAAACCCAUUCCACCGGAACGCGGUAGCUUUCCCUUGGAUCACGAAGGUGAAUGCAAAGAAGUUAUGAUACGCUACCUUUCAUGUGUGAAGAUGACAAAAGGCAAUAAUGAUCCCGAAUGUAGGAAUUUAGCCAAGUUAUACUUAGGAUGUCGAAUGGAGAGAAAUCUCAUGGCCAAGGAUGAGUUUAAAAAUUUAGGCUUUUCUGACGAGAAAGAUGAGCUUACGUCUGGACGUAAGGAAGAGAAGGAAGAGAAGGGAACGAAAGGCGAACUGAGGUGGUGA